AUGUCGUCUGUUGAAACAUUGUUAACUGUUCUUCAGAAGACAGGUUCCAAUGUCAAUAAUGAACUGGUUGCUGCACAGCAGUAUCUGGAGGAAGCAGCAAAAGCUGAUCUACCAGGACUGCUGAAAAACUUAAGCGACGUCCUUGCGAAUGUGCAAUGCGAUCCAAUUUCUCGAAUGCAGGCCGGAUUGCAGCUGAAGAAUGCAAUUUAUUCCAAGGAUCCAGCUAUCAGGAUGUCGUAUCAUGAUCGCUGGCUCCAGAUGCCCGUAAAUUACACCAAUUAUAUCAAACAAAAGUGUCUUGAAGCUCUUGGCACCGAGACAACUGCUCACAGUUCCGCUGCUCAGUGUGUUGCUCAUAUAGCUUUUGCAGAAGUCCCAGUCAACAGGUGGCCGGAUUUGAUGUCAAAGCUGGUCAUGAAUGUGACAAGCUCUAGCAGCACCGAAAGUAUCAAGCAUGCGACUCUCGAAGCUAUCGGCUACCUAUGUCAAGACAUUGAACCUGCCAUAUUAUCAAAUCAAUCAAGUGAAAUAUUGACUGCUAUUAUUUUUGGAAUGAAAAAGGAAGAACCAAGUGACAAAGUUAAACUGGCUGCCACGAAUGCACUUCUUAACUCUCUGGAGUUCACCAAGCGUCAUUUCGAUGUUGAACACGAGCGUAACUACAUAAUGCAGGUUGUUUGCGAAUCCACACAGUCUUCCGAUCCUUUAAUCAGGGUAGCAGCUCUCCAGUGUCUUGUGAAAAUAAUGUCGCUUUAUUACAGCUACAUGGAAAUGUACAUGGGUCAGGCUCUGUUUGCAAUCACUUUGAAUGCCAUGAAGUCCGAAAUUCCUGAAGUAUCGCUGCAGGGCAUCGAGUUUUGGUCAACUGUCAGUGAUGAGGAGCUGGAAUUAGCUAUUGAGGCAUGUGAAUGCGCCGAAAAGGGUCAACCUCCUGCUGUUUCGAGCAGGUAUUACGCUAAGGGUGCCUUGCACUAUAUUGUUCCUAUUUUGAUGGAGAUAUUAGCCAAGCAAGAUGAAGGCGAUGACGAUGACGAGUGGAAUCCUAGCAAAGCUGCCGGUGUUUGUAUAAUGCUUCUUGCUCAGGCUUGUGAGGAUGCUAUAGUAGAAAUAGUGAUCCCUUUCGUCGAACAGCACAUACAGAAUGUUAACUGGAGGUUCCGAGAUGCCGCAGUUAUGAGUUUUGGGAGCAUUUUGGAGGGUCCCAACCCGGAGGCUCUUAAACCGCUUGUUGUGUCAGCGAUGCCGGUCAUCAUGAAUAUGCUUGGAGACCAAUCACCAGCUGUUCGAGACACCACUGCGUGGACACUUGGGCGAGUGUGCGAAAUUCUUCCAGAAGUAGCCCUUGCCGCUGAAUACCUUAGCUCACUGGUCAGUGGACUUCUUAAUGGGCUACGUUCAGAGCCCCGCGUCGCUGCCAACGUUUGUUGGGCAUUCUCGAACCUUGCUGAUAGUGCUAUUGAUGCGGUAUCUGCAGGUGAACAGGGAGUAAUAGAGCCGCCUACUUAUGCUCUAUCGCCUUACUUCAAGGUGAUUAUUGAAGGGCUUUUGGCGGUUACAGAACGUCCGGAUGGAGCGCAGCACAAUCUGAGGAAUGCUGCUUACUCUGCAUUGAUGUCGCUGAUGAAGUCAGCAGCGAAAGAUUGCUACGAAGAAGUUAAACGGGUCACAACAAUUAUUCUUGAACGCCUUAACUAUGUGAUGAGUCUGGAGAGCCAAGUGGUUUCAUCCCAAGAUCGCGCGCAAUUCAAUGAUCUCCAAUCCCUUUUGUGUGCUACUCUACAGUCAGUUCUGGGAAAGAUAAGCAAAGAAGAUGCCCCUGCAUUGGCCCAACCGAUCAUGUCGGCUCUCAUGGCGAUGUUGGCGUCGACAACUAAUGCUAAAGCCUCAGAAGGGGCUGGCGAUCAGGCUGGUGAAUUGAAAGGCACCGUGGCGUCGACUUCCACCGGUGUUCAGGAGGACGCACUACUUGCCCUGUCCGCACUUCUCGAUGUUUUAGGCGAAGCCUUUCUUCCCUAUUUGGAGCCGGUUAUGCCCAUUCUUCAUCGUUGUCUCUAUCUUUGUGCCGAAACUCAAGUGUGUAUCAACGCGAUCGGUCUUCUCUCCGAUCUCUGUCGUGUUUUGAAUAAGCACAUCACGCCUUAUUGCGACGCCAUUGUGCAGGUUCUCAUGGAAGUGCUACAGAACACUGAAGCGGACAAAUCCAUUCGGCCCGCAAUUCUUUCAGCCUUUGGUGAUAUCUCACUGGCUCUUGGACCUGGUUUCUCAAAAUAUCUUCCAGUCGUCAUGGACACCUUGAAGCAGGCAACACGAGCCGAGACCGACCCAGAUAUGGUGGACUACUUGAAUUCUUUAUGGAGCAGUUGUCUUGAAGCUUACACAGGUAUAAUUCAAGGUAUGAAGGAAGGAGAUAACGGACAACCAAGCCCUCAACUUCAGUUCAUUGCUGGCCAUAUAAACUUCAUCUUGACCUUCAUCCAACAUGUUGGAAAUGAAGCUGUCGCUACGGACGAUAUAAUCUCCUCAUCCUGUGGCCUUAUUGGUGACAUUGUCUCGUCGUUUGGGCUGCAAAUUUUGCCCUUCAUAAGCGUCUCAUCCCUGCAGAAUGUAUUGCAGCAGGGGCGACGAUCGAAAAACAGUCACACACGCACCAUGGCUCAUUGGGCGAUCAAGGAAAUCAAAAAGCUACAAAACGCUGCCAAGGCUGCCGGUAUGGAAGCACAGCAGUUUUCGGAUGGCACUCCCGGCGCUUCAAUGCUCACCACUGUCGGGGAUUCUGCUGGCUCUAUGAAGACCUAA